CAAGCUAGAUACCUACUUAGUUUUGUUUUGACUUUUGAGUUGAUCAACAGCAAGUGACGAUCGUGCUCCGUUUCAGCCACUGCUCGUCAUAAUGAGAUGGCCAUCAUGCCAGACAGCAGCCAUCAUCAUCAUCAUCAUCAUCAUCAUCAUCAUUAUCAUCUCCGCGAGAAUUCUCGCGAGGUUUUCCAUUGGGCCCGAACUGGGUUGCCCAUCACACCCUGGCAGGAAAGCUUCCCCUCUUCUGACCUGGCCCGACAUCCUGGACAUGAACAAUAUUCCGAGGCGUCGGGAAAUGUGGCUGGAGAGGAUGAUAAGGAGUGGAUGACUUGUUCAAUAGAUCGGCCUAGCGCCACUAGCCUCUGACUCGCGCUCGCUUACCGUUUCCGUAUUAAUGCU